GCGCCCCCAGCGGCAGCGCCGGAGAACCGCAGCCGUUUAACUCCUUCCUCGCCUGCUGUUUGUGUCCUAUCGGUGGAAGAUGGCGACCAGAGUCCUUCAGAGUUCCUGCUCAGGCCUUCAUCAGGCCAGACACGGACACUUCACCGCUGUUAUCAGGGGCCUGUCGGCGUCCAGUAACCGGAAUCGAGAGGACAGCUGGUUCAAAUCCCUGUUUGUGAGGAAGGUGGACCCGAGGAAAGACGCUCACUCCCAUCUCCUCGCCAAGAAGGAGGACAACAACUUAUAUAAGAUCCAGUUUCACAACGUGAAGCCCGAGUGUCUGGAGGCCUACAACAAGCUCUGUGAUGAGGUGCUGCCGUCCAUCCACCGGGACCGGAGUUAUCCGUGUGAGCUGGUGGGCACCUGGAACACCUGGUACGGAGAGCAGGACCAAGCCGUGCACUUGUGGCGGUACAGAGGAGGAUAUCCGGCUCUGACUGAAGUCAUGAACAAACUGAAGAAUAACAAGGACUUCCUGGAGUACAGGAACGAGAGAGGGAAGAUGCUGCUGUCCCGCAGGAACCAGCUGCUGCUGGAGUUCAGCUUCUGGAACGAGCCGGUUCCCCGAGACGGACCCAACAUCUACGAGCUGCGCUCCUAUCAGCUGAGACCCGGGACCAUGAUUGAAUGGGGCAACUAUUGGGCGAGAGCCAUCAGCUACCGGCAGCACAACCGCGAGGCCGUGGGUGGGUUCUUCUCUCAGAUCGGAGACCUCUACAUGGUGCAUCAUCUCUGGGCGUAUAAGGACCUUCAGUCCAGAGAGGACACGAGGAACGCCGCCUGGCAGCACGAGGGCUGGGAUGAAGUCGUCUAUUACACCGUGCCGCUCAUCCAGCACAUGGAGUCCAGGAUAAUGAUCCCGCUCAAAGCGUCUCCGCUCCAGUAACGCCUCCAUCGCAGUCGUCACGUCUCGUCCCCUUGAGCUCCAGACCAGACCGCAUCUUCAGACACCGUCACUGCCGUGAUCAACGUCACACACAACACACUCAUUCUGAUCAUCCGAAGUUGCUGUGAGUUUUGAGGCAUAUCUGAGAUCUGCUGGUUGUGUUCUGCUAGGUUUGGUUUGGGUCUGUUAAAUAAAUAAUCAGAUGCAUUGAAUUAUCACAAGUGUAGAGUACAAACCCUUUUAGUUUGGUGCGCGAUACAUCUUUAAUAUUUCGAAACAAACAGCAUAUGAAUGCCUUAGUUAAUGGAGAUGUGUCCGAGCUGAAUAUCAUCAGAAAACAUUGACUGUAUGAAAGCACUGUAACCGCGCUCGAGUGCCGCAAUCUCUUCAUGUAUUUAUUGCAUAUUUAUAAGCUGUAAAUAUAAACCCAACAUAAAGAGGAUGUCAUGUUUUUGUGAAACUGGAGCUGGACGAGACCGCGGGCAAAAUUAACUUUUUGUUUUUGUUUAGAAACUGUUUUUUUAGUUGCUGUAUUUUUAUUCUGUUUGUGUCCACAUAGACGUGCUUUUUAAAUGCCUUUCUUGUGUUGUGAAGCGUCUGCAGCUUCUGGAUGAAGCUGUUCACCGACAGAACCGCUUUUGCGUGAUCGCAGCAUGCUCAGUCUACUGAUCCCGCGGGAUUCAACGGCACGAGAUGUCUCAAAUCAAUCCAAUACUGUAAUAAAUCAGAGAUGAUCGUUC